UUUCGGAACGAAAGCCACGCGCUAUAGUGACACACUGACUGAAUUAUGUUCGAAAUUAUACCCAAACAAGUGAAACACAUAUCACAAAGUGCAAUCUAUAUGAAGAUUACUUUACAUUCCCUAACAGACUUGAUCGGUAAACUGUUCGAUGAUUUCUUGCUGGGAAUCAAGGAAUGGAACGUUUCAAUAAACCACAUUAAAAAAUCAGCCUUUGACGUAAAUAGCUCACAUCCCUUCAACAAUAGAAACAUAUGAUAGUGUGAUAACCCAUAACAAUAAUAAGGUUGUUUUCGCCUGUCAUUAUUCAAUACAACUUCAGUCGAGUGUAAUGAUAAUCGCGAGUGCAGCAAACGCCAGAGUUAUCAGUCAGUUGUUAGCACAAUGUAGACGUCGUCAGUUGAUUGUCUCGAAAAUUUGAAUCAUUCGCGAUUUAUCUUAUAUUAUUGUGAUAAUAAUUAAACAACUGAAUUAUAUUCCACGGAUUCAGAGAGAUUAGAAAAAAAAGCGAUUUUAUGCUGCUAGAACCGACCGAUUCCGGUUAUUUACUGGCUGUUAUCAUUACAGAUUUUUCUCUAAAGUUUACGAAGUGACGCACCGAUUCAUUCAAAUUUCUCUUUACAGUCAAUGUGUGAUAAAACAUUUGCGAAUUCGGUGUUUCAUUUGUCUGGCUCAGUUUCUAAUCGUUAGUAUACAGGUAAAGACCUGUUCUCUUUCUAGACCACUGAAGCACCACUGAAAUGGAAAUAAAGGCAGCUGUAUUUUAUAUCGCUUAUUGUAUUGUACUCGUGCAGGCAUCUAUUCCUUCGGAUGAUCAUUACUGGGCUGGAGUAGUAGAGUUUAGCUACAAAGAUAAAGACACCGAAGAUGCGUCUGUUAACACAGCCAAAAACCUAGAACGAUAUGUUCAGAUGAUCAACUCUUCUGAAACGGAUCCGGUUGAUAUUAUAGUAUUCCCAGAAUAUGGAUUGAACGCAAUUGAAACUGCUUCGUUUGUUCCCGGUGCUGAUGAGAAAAUCGCUCCCUGCAAUAACUUCGAGUAUGAGCGUAUCGUUCAGGAUCUGUCUUGUGUGGCAAGAGCCCGUCGGAAAUAUCUGGUAGUCAAUCUGGUCGAGAAGGCCGUUUGUCCUGAGAAGGAAGACACUAGAAGAUGCGCAGCUGAUGGACUAUAUCACUUCAACACCAACGUCGUAUACGACCGGAACGGAGUCGUCAUUGCUCGAUAUCGGAAGUACAAUCUUUUCGGCGAACGAGGCAUAAACACAACCACUUCGGUAGAAACGGUUCGCUUUGAAACGGAUUUUGGAGUUCUGUUUGGAACAUUCACUUGCUUCGAUUUGAUGUUCGAUCAACCAGCUUUACAACUGAUUCGUGAUGGAGUAACAGACAUAAUUUUCACAACUAUGUGGUUUUCAGAGCUACCCUUUCUAACUGCUGCUCAGAUCCAACAGGCGUGGGCCUUCGAAAAUAAUGUUAACUUUUUAGCAUCGGGUGCAAGCUAUCCGGAAAUUGGAAGUACCGGAACAGGAAUAUUUGCUGGAAAGCGUGGUAGAAUCUUGGCAAUUAUGAAUCAUCAAGCAGAUGUCAAACUUUACGUAGCCAAAGUGCCUAAAAUAGAUAGAGCGGAAGCUGAAAUCAAUCGACAACCAGUCGUUAAAUACAAUCCAUCUGAAAUGAAGAAUCUUAAGCUGAAGCGUGACCAACUCGAUACCUACGAAACUGUGAAUUUGCCCCUGGAGAGCAGCAAUAACUACACUUUAACAUUAUGUCAAACAUCACUUUGUUGUAAUUUUACUCUCAACUAUACUGUUAACCUACCGGUUUCCAAUCAACAAUUCUACCGCUACCGGUUGGCAGUGAACAACGGAGCCCGCACAUUUGAUGGCUUUGCGGACGGCUUUAUCACCGCUUGUGCCAUCUUCGCUUGUACUGGAGAUAAUCUGGAAACUUGUGGAGCCCGUUUCGAGAAUUCCAAUACUACAGUUAACGCUAUCCAGUUCAAUUCUAUCGAUUUGCACGGAGUUUUUCCUGGUGAUGACGAAGUCUUUCUGAUGCCGAACAGUGUCGACAUGAGCAUUCUACCGUUGGAGGUGGAUGAGUUCCAGUAUAGCGAACGGAAGUUCCUUGAAGACACCAAGACUUUUAAGGAAAUUCGUCACACUUUGAUCAGUCCUCGGUCCGAUCUCUUUACAUUCGCUAUUUGGGGUCGUCAAUUUGUUUCAACAAGCAGCGGUGUAGUGCUACAAAAUACGCUAGUAUUAUUUGUUACUAUUUUCUCAAUCUUAUUUGUAAAGCUUGCAUUUUAAUAGCAUGAUUUCAAAAUACAUUCUGAAUUAUUA